CGAUUUGUGGCCGAAAGUUGUCGAGGAAACAAAGACUCGAAACUCACUUGAGUUGUGUUCAUGGCAAAGGUGAGAAAUAACACAAGCCAAUCACAGUUUUGAAUGCGACUACAAAUUGUCUUUUACCCUCACAUUUAUAAAAGAAGGAUACCACAUUAGGAAGUAAAAGAGAUACAUAGAUGAUCCCAGUGUACCAGUGCCUAAAUCUACAAAGGUUGACCGUAGCAAGCGUUCAGCAACACGUUCCAACACCGCCAUCUCGAUUCCUCAGUCAGUCGUUUCCACUGAACUUAAAGCAGUGGUGACAACAGAGUAGAGUGCGUCUUACAAAGGAGAAACAUUUGUUCAAGAGACAGAAGUAACUAUAUGCGAUUAUAGAGGUGUGUUGGAACUCUAGUCCAAAAAUAGUUAUGCAUUGUCCGAAGUAUAGAACAAUUUUGUUGAUAGCUGACAGACAGAGAAGAACAACAGGUAAACUUAAGAGCUGUUAUUAUUGAAGUGUGACUUGCACUUUUCAUUUGUAUAUAAAGAAGGACUUGUAUUUUGCACCAAAAAUAAAAAGAUGUAAUAUUUUUUGGGAGAUCCAGUGAUUGAGACAUUUAAGAAAUUAAGUUAUGAAAGGAAACUUGGUAUGUACUUCUCACUACUAACAAGUCUUGUUGACAAAUAUUUUCAGAUCAGAGUUUCAAAUAAAGUAAAUUGAAGACGUCAUUUAAAAGGUGUUUUUUCUCAAAGGGAACAUUGACUACCUCUGUCUUGUCUGCAUGCCAAAUGUUUGCAAAGUGUGUGGAUGAUCCACAAGUAUUGGAACUCUUACAAAAAUGUUUUGCAAGAAUAAAAACAGCAAAGUAAAUUACAGCAAUUAGUCCCGAAAACAGAGCACAAAACUGAAAAAAAAAAAACAGCAACAACAAUCAUGAAAAAAGAAAGAUUAAUGUAGGUGUUGAAUUUGUUUGUCUAAGGCAUGAAAUUUCUACUAAAAUUAAUGUCAACAAAAAGUCUCUGACAGUGUUUGAGGCAACUGAGCUUGACUGUUCCAAGUUUUUCUAACAAAGGCAACCAGUAAUGUAGGUUAGGGAAGUAACUGAUGUUCAUAACUAACAAAGUUCUUUAAGUGUAGAUAACAAUGUAAUUAUUGUUAAUUAUUGUGUACCAAGGAACAGCUAAUGAAUGUUUGAUUUUGGCACAUCAGUGAACAUGAGACAUUAAUUUGCAUCACAAAAAAAUAUUUUAUGAUCAUGGAAUCCAAGAGUCCUUUGAGGUUAGAAAGCAAAUCUGUGACAGAGUACAUUGGAUUAAUUGGCAAUUUCCAUUUAACAUAAUUGAUUGCUGGUUCAUGAGAAAAUCCAUAUCAAUGAUUUACUAAAACUUAGUUUGAUUAAUAAAUUUCAUGAUCUUUAAGUUAUAAACAUAUACAUGUAUGUAUAUCUCUUGGUAAGUUUUGUAUAGCAUACCUUUUAUUGAGCCAAAGUUUUAAGCCUCUGAAAUUACUCCUUUUUUUAAAACCUUCACAUUCAAGGUAUUGAGAAUUUCUUAGAAUUUAUGUGGAACUCAGGGUAUUUAAAUUGCCUCAAAUUAAAUUCCCAGAAAUUCCCAAGAAUUCCACCCUUCUUAAAUUUUAGGUAGUUUGUAUAGCUGAGAAUUCCUAGGAAUUCCUUGGAAUUCCAAGUCCUAACAAAACUGGAGUCUUCCUUUCCCAGAAAUUCCCUGUAAUUCCAAGCUUUUUAGAUCAGAGUUAAUUUGCAUGAAUGAAUGAAUGAACGUAUUUAUAUACCGCACAUAUCACAUACUGUCUCAAGGCGGUUUACAAUUCUAAUUGAGUGAGAUCGAACGUCAGCUUGUAAAUAGUUGGGAAUUUUUGAGAAUUCCUAGGAAUUCUCAGAAAACUGGGAAUUCAGUUUGCAAGGGUCAUUUGCAUAAUUGGGAAUUUUUGAGAAUUCCUAGGAAUUCCCAGAAAACUGGGAAUUCAGUUUGCAAGGGUAACGUAAGUUCUGCAUGUACUUAAAACAACUAGCAAAGACUGUUAGAAUGAUUGGCUGAAAAGAUAUUGACUUGGGAAUGGAAAGAAAAGUUCAUGAAAAUAAUGGAUCUUUUGUUGGUUUAUUUUCAGGGCAAUAAUGACCCAUACAUCAGUUCCUACAGAUCAAAGGGAAGUAUUAGGAAUAUCAGAUACACUGGUGAGUAUGAUAUCACUCAUGGUCGGCAUGGACAGUAAUAGUUAUUUUGUUUAAGAAUCUGAGACUGCUGGCAGUCUCUUUUUAUCUUGUUUUGGACCAAUUGGAUUUGAAACAACAAGCCUGGUCCAAAGGAAAACAUUGAUAAAAUGUUUCAUUUUAUCAAUAGUUUGAUACUGCUGGCAGUCUUGUUUACUCUUGCUUUGCAUUAAGCUCUUGGUGAGAAGAGACUUCACUUAACAUACACAAUUCUGGCCCCAAAGAACACAUUAAUAAGUUUUGUUUUAUCAAGAGUCUGAGACUGCUGUCAGUCUCUUUCUCUCUUUGCUUGGACCAAGCUCUUGGUGAGAAGAUAUUUUCACUCGCCAAUGACAAGUCUCAUCCCAAAGGAAACAUUUAAUAAGAAGUUUUGUUUCAUUAAGAGUUCGAGAGUGCGGGCAGUCUCUUAUCCUCUUGGCUUGUACCAACUGAGCUCUUGAUGAGAAGAGAUUCACAUGAGACAAAGGCAAGAAAAAAGAGAGUUCUUGUCCAGAUGAUAACUAUUUGUGAAUUACCGUAGAAGUCCUCUCUAGUUGUAAAAUAUUAUAAGAAGAUAAACUGGCUUUUAGUCGUUUUCAAGAAUCUUAAUAUUUUCUGAGAUGGAUGGAGUAGCAAAGCGUUACAUAAGUAUGACUAAUUACUUCUUUUCCUUCAGCAAAGUAGGAAUAAAAGAAAUAAGUAUUCCUCACAAGCUCCAUUUUGAUUUAAAUUGGCUGGCUUUGCUGAGAUGAGUUUACUCUGUGACCCCUAUGAGUGACUAGCAACUUAUUUUAUCCCUAAAAUUAUGUCAUCCCUGAAUGAACAACAAUAUCUUUAUAGACAUAAAGUAUGAAGUUGCUCUUACAAUAUUCAUGAUAGAAUCUGUUAUAAUUCUCUAGAUUCGUUUAUCGGUGGGACUUGAAGAUACUCAGGAUUUGAUUGAGGACUUGGAUCAGGCCCUCAAACAAGCGGUAAAUUGAAUCGACUUGUACAAAAUAAUGAAAUAAAUGUAAAAUCAAUUAAAGACUGGAGCUGAAUACAGUGUUUACCUACCCAAGAAGACCUGAAUAUUGUUCAUAUUGUUGACUGGAAAGAAUUAAUUGACCUCUACCCCACUGGAGCUUUUCAGUGCCAAUGUAAACAAAGAGUAGUAUAAACAUUCCAAAUUGUAAACAUAACUCAAUUAAAAUCCCAACAAGCUAUCUGCACAAACUAGCUGACUAUCUUCAGUGUGCAACCACCACUUUUAACCUAGCAGCAACCAAAAAGAAAUCCAUGGAGUACCAAUUUUAUAGCCCUGAGCAUGGAACUAAGCAAUUCCAAGCCCAUUCUCAGAAAUGAUUGACUUGUAACUUCUCCUAACAACAUUAAUACAAAGCACAACAAACAGGUGAUAAGAACAGACAAGCUUAUUGGUCAGAAGGCAUUAUCUGGAUCUAACACCAAAUUCUCUUAAAUGAUUCACAAGGAAAUAUAUGGUAGCCUGAAAACGAGAAUUGUGAAUCAAAUCUUUGAAGGCUUACCUAAUAGUAGGAACAACCAGUACUAUGCAAUAUUAUUUGAGGGUGACUAAAACUCACUUUCAUGGGCAAUUAUUAUAAUGCUGUAAUGUACCUUUGUCACUAAUUUCUCUGAUAUGUGAUAAUUCAAAGUUUUGACUAUUGUUUCACACACAAAAGUUGUGCACAAUUGCAAGAUGUGUUGGAUGAGCCAUGUGUUUGAGCACAUAAAUCCAUGAACCUUUCCUUAGACCCGUCACGUUAUCAAAAUAGCCCACUAUUGCCAGACACUUGUAACAUCUCUUGCUCUCCAUGUGAAUGUAAAAGCUUACAUUGUCAAACAUUAUCACAUGUGUUUGACUCUGAACAUCCCUAACAUAUCUUUUGAGGAAAAAUGGAAAAUGAAAGGAAAAAGAAAGAUAAAACAAAAGGAGUAGAUAUAACCAUUGCACUUGGUACAUAGAGCGCCAGGAGUAGCGAUGUUUUGUAUAAAAUUACGUUUGAUGCUCUUUCAAUUCAUGUACCUGUUCUAUUUGCAUUUUAAAAUUUCUUGCCCUGUCCCUGGCCUGUCAAUUAACCAGUGUACAACUCUGUUCCUUUUUUUCACAAUUUCGGCAUCAACAUGAGCUGUUCAUUUUUACACCACUUUGCAGUUUUGCUGCAAAUUAUACACUACAACUAUAUACGGUAGCUGUAGGUACAUGCAGUCACAGACUGUUUUAUUUAAUUAAUGCUCUCCAACUGUGCACAAAUUAUAUUCAACUUUACUAAAAAUCUAAGUUUGUUAUUACUGAAUGCAUAAUGUGAAAACUUUCUCUGCAGGUGCCAGAUUCUCUUUUGUAGGGAAACAAAAUACAACCCAUGAUGAAAUUUGAAAACAGCAAAGGUAAUUAUGUUCUGAAGGUGAUGAACACACCCUUUUGGUAAAUUAACCAUUAAGAAAUUGUCUUAUAUUGUUGUCAAAUAAUUUAAGCGUAGAACGUGCACAAGCUGGGAUCAUGUUGGAGGGGAAAUUCACUGGGUUUGUUUGUUAGCAGCAAUGAGCCACUGAACGGUUCAAAAACAGGAUAGGCUUUGUAAGAUAGAGUAUUAUUUUUUGUUAAGAGCUAACUGUUGAAAUGUCAGCUUUAAAAACUUGUUAUUAAUGCCAAUUUAAAUCAUCAACUCACUUGAUGAAACCAAAUUAUCUGCAUAUACUAACACCUGUGUUUGUAAAUCUGAAAUAGAAAUAAUUAUUUUAUUCAUUUUGGAUCGAUAUGAAGAAGUUGCCAGUGAGUCUCUCUUUCAGGAAGUUCUUGAACUUUUUGUCUAAAAAAAUAUUUUAUUGUAAUAAAUAACUGCAAAACAACAUGAUUAUUAUUUGGUGUAUUUUCUCCUUUAGGUUUUUAAAGCCGCCUGGGAAUUUGGAAUCUGAUAUUUAAACUAAAUAAAAU